GCCAUUUCAGUCCAGCAGCGUCCAGUCCACCGUGUGUCGAGUGCGUGAUAGAUCUCCUUAUCUCUGGUGAAUCGGCUGAAUAUCAGUUCCUAGUGGUUGUGAAAAAGAGUGUUCAGUGUGAAUUCAAAAGUGUCUUUCUAUUGGUGAUACCUUGCAAACGAACUUAACUCUGUUCCAUACGAAAGAUAGUCGGAGCUAUGCAGAGUCAAAAUAAGCCAGCGACCAUCCCGAAAUCGCCGGCCACCAGGCGGCGCAUGUCCAGACAUGGGUCGGUCCUGAUUGAAACCACCCCGCGGCAGAUCCCGUGGGACCUCAUCGACCGCCUUCUGGUUCCAAUCAUCGGCUGUCACGCUGCAGCAAUUGUUUGCUCCGCCGUGUUCAACUUUCUCGGAAUUUCCCAGGUGUCGGCCUUCGUGCUGUUUCUGUUCUUCGCCAUCCUGACCGUCGGGGCCGCCAUCGGUUUCCACAGUCUUAAGGUCUCACCGCUGGGCAAGGGAGUGCUGAUUACCGGAUGUGAAUCGCCGCUGGCCCGGGCCCUAGCUAGACGUUUGGAUGAUUUGGGAUUUACGGUGUUUGCUGGCUUCAAGAAUCUGGACGAGAGCGUCGAGGCCGGAAUGCUGAAUGCCCUGUCGUCCGGGCGGUUGAAGCCGAUCCAGCUGGACGUCAGCUCCGAGGUGCAGAUGCUGGAAGCUUCUUUGUUCAUCACGGAAAACCUACCGGAGGAUGCCGGAGGGCUGUGGGCACUGGUGCACUGUGAAAUGUGGUGCGCCCUUGGCGAGCUCGAGUGGAUCCCAUUUCCGGUGAUGCGGAAGUCGUUCGAUAUCAAUGUGCUCGGAGCAUCCCGACUGACUCAAAUCAUGCUGCCGUUGAUCCGUCGUGCCAACGGGCGGGUGGUGUUCCUGUCGUCGGCCAUUGCUCACAUUCCCUCACCGGUUCGGGGCAUCCAGUGUGCCACGCAGGCGGCCAUCGAGGGCUUGGCUACCUGUCUGCACCAUGAGCUGAAGUCCCGCACCGUGAAUGUGUCGAUUAUCUGUGCCAGUGAGUUCUCGUCCGGAAAUGCCUGGCUCGACGAUAGCAAAAUGAUGGACCAAGCCAAAGCCAUGUGGGAACAGCUGAGCGAGGAGCAGAAGUCUGUCUACGGAGAGGACUACUUUGAGACGGCCAUCCGUUCGCUGGAGAACUAUACCAAUACUGAUGGUGACUUCCACUCGACGGUCCGCGCUCUGACCGAUGCCAUCAUCCGUUCGUUCCCGCUGUUCCGUUACACACCGUUAUCACGCUACGAAAAGCUCCAAACCAUCGUUUCCGAACAUUUGCCGCGUUCAGUUUACGAACUGUUCUACUCCAACUGAAAAAAGUGCCUCACUGCGAGUGGGAGCAUUUCUGGCGUUAACCAACGUUGGACUGGAUUGGGGCUAUGCUGCUAAAGCUUUGCAAAAUGAUCGAAUUUUCGUGUAGAUUUUAAGGAAAAGGCGAAGCUUUUACUCAUAAUCAAUUACAAGUAGAAAGAGCAAAAGAGAGUUGGUUUGGUGUUAGAGCAGUUCAAUGGUUUUCCGUUUUUGACAGAGUGUACCACAAAAUCGGAAACAGCUUUAGGCAGCUUGAGUGUUUAAUUGAUUUUUGUAGAUGUCCAAUAUAGGUUGUUUGCAUCAGUAAAUUAGAAAACUAAACUGUAGAUUAUCGUUGUUUGCUUAAGCAUAGUUUAAGAUAAUAAUCAAAUAUACUCUUUUUCACUGGUUACCGAAAGCUAAGUUUAGUGUUUAAUAAAUGUUAAUGCUAUGGAAAAGCUUCAAGCAAAAACUUCCAACCCGUGCUGCCAUCUUGGUUUGGAAUCAGAAAUCACCACAUCAUCCCCAACCAUGGGUAACGCUUGCUCGUCACACAUUGUUGUUUGCUUACGUUAGCCGUUUGCACGCACACACAUAAUCAAUGAUUGAACGGUAAUGUUGUUGGUGUCGGAAUUUUAGAGCCCUAGUAUGUGUUACGAUCUGUCAGCCAGCAGUGAGGAGGGCCGGAAAACUGCAUCAGCAUAAAAGUAAACAGAAGCAGUCGCCUAACACGUCACGGUCAGGGUUGCUUAGAAAUUGCAGUGUAGCGAGUAAUAGAAAAUUCGAUUGUUCAAUAAAAAAAAUCGGUGAAUCCAAAUGUCAUACUUUGUGAAGUGAUUGUGAAAUACUUGAUUAGACAGACAGAGCACCACUGUGGUGUGUAAUCGCCCGAACUCACCAACAACCAACGGCCGAAAACAGUUCGUUAGCCACGCAUGACGAAACUCCCGAAAACAAGUCUCUC